GGAAAAGCUCUCAGGUUCCUCUCUUCCUUCUUGAAGAAAAUAUGUUGCCUGUUUUGUGCACACAGCCAAGAAGGUUCGCAGUAGUCGCUAUUGCAAGGAUGGUUGCUAAUGCCAGAAACUGUGAUGUAGGAGAUGAGAUUGGAUAUCAUAUUGGCCAUUCAAAUGUCUCAGACAAGACAUCGUCAAGAUCAAAAAUUGUUUUCAAGACUGCUGGUGUUGUGUUGGAGCAGAUGCGUGAUAAGGGAUUGGCUGCCAUGAAGUAUAAGGUUAUUAUUCUUGAUGAAGUACAUGAACGGUCUGUGGAGUCAGAUCUUGUUCUUGUUUGUGUUAAACAGUUUAUGAUGAAAAACAAGGAUUUGAGGGUGGUAUUGAUGUCUGCUACAGCUGAUAUUGCAAGAUAUAGGGAUUACUUCAAAGAUCUUGGGAGGGGUGAAAGGGUUGAAGUGAUUGCAAUUCCAUCUGCACCUCGGGAUGGCAUCUUCCAAAGAAAAGUUUUCUAUCUUGAACAGGUUGCAGAACUUCUUGAUAUAAAUACACAAGCUUUGUCAGAUCGAUAUUGUUCAGGAUCAAGCCCUGAAUAUGCUGAUGCGGAUCUGAAACCAGAACUUCAUGCUCUUAUUCAUAAGUUAAUUUUAUUCAUUAAUCAAACUGAACCUGAUAUUGAAAAGAGCCUACUAGUUUUCCUUCCAACUUAUCAUGCUCUAGAGAAGCAGUGGGAUCUUUUGAGACCUUUUUGGUCUCUGUUCAGGGUUCAUAUUCUUCAUCGUAGUAUUGAUACUGAUCAAGCACUCUUGGCCAUGCGAACUUGCAACUCUCAUCGGAAGGUGAUACUCGCCACAAAUAUUGCUGAAUCAUCAGUCACUAUUCCAGGUGUGGCUUUUGUCAUUGACUCAUGUAGAUCAUUACAAGUCUUUUGGGAUCCUAAUAGAAAAAUGGAUUCUACUGAACUCGUUUGGGUGUCAAAGUCUCAGGCUGAACAACGCAAAGGAAGAACGGGUCGAACAUGUGAUGGUUUCAUUUAUCGCCUGGUCACACGGUCAUUUUACAACCAUCUGAAAGAUCAUGACUUUCCAGCAAUAUUAAGACUAUCAUUGCGACAACAGGUGCUAAUGAUUUGUUGUGCAGAAUCUAAAGUUAUCAAUGAUCCGAAAGUGUUGUUGCAGAAGGUUCUUGAUCCACCAGAUCCUGAAACAGUUGAAGAUGCUCUUAGUUUGCUUGUUCAUAUUCAUGCGCUGGAAAAAAUCCAUUCUCACCGGGGGCGCUAUGAACCAACAUUCUAUGGACGGUUGUUGGAUAGCUUGCCAUUGUCCUUUCACGCGUCUCUACUUGCACUCAAGUUUGGUGAGAUUGGAUUCUUAAGAGAAGGAAUUCUGAUCAGCAUAUUAAUGGAUAUCCAGCCUUUGCCGAUACUGCAACCUUUUGGGCAACAAAUCUUGUGUACACAGUAUGUGAAUAGCUACUUUGGCGGCAAGAACAGUGCCUUUCUGCUAAACGGAAAGAAAGAGUUAUUGUUUAUGGCAAACUUGUGUGCCUACCAGUUUUGGCAGCGUGUUUUCAAGGAUAAACUUCGUCUAGAACGACUAAAGCAGGUUGUCAAAGUUAAUGAUGUUAAAUCAUCUGGAACUCUAAUCACUAAGGUUGAAGAGGAAUGGUGCUUGUUCCACAAUCUUUUGUGGGGGUCAUUGCAUCAUAUCUCUGAUAUUUAUGAUGAUAUAAUUAACGGUUUGCACCGUUUCCGCCCGGAUUUUUUUGUAAGCAAUGAAUUUCCAACUUACCAUGAACCUUAUGCAUUUAAACAUACUUGCCUUUUGCAAUCCAAGACUUUUGAGGAUGGUUAUGUCCCCAUAGUAAAUGAGGUGGCUGAUUCUUAUGACAAUGAAAAUAGAGACUCUUCUGGUGCAACAAGAUGUCUUCUUGUACCAUUUGUUGGUCCAGGAGACUUUCAAUCUUCAACAGUCGCUGAAACGUUCAGGGCCCUAAUAAAAGAGAUAAGGAUGCAGUAUUUAGAUGAUGCUACUGAGCAUCAAGGUCAAACUGUUGGUGGCAUCAUCUCAAAAUCAACGGAAGCAACUAUAUGCAAAUUCUUUCUUAAUGGAAGUUGCAACAGAGGCGAUGAAUGCUAUUACUCUCAUUCGCUUCAAGCCAGAAAACCUUUAUGCAAGUUUUUUCUUACGUUUCAGGGAUGUCGUUAUGGAGAUUCCUGUUUCUUUUUGCAUGAUUAUGGCCCCAGGAUUUUAUCGGGUACUGCAUCCAGUGGCUGUUUUCAAGAAGAUGAAAUUACUUCUUAUUCGUUUCUAAAACUUCUGCCUUCAACUGCUGAUGGUUGUGUGCUUGUGUUCAACGAUAAAAAUUUGCAUUUUACAUCAAAUCUUUCACAAUUUAGUCCAAACAAGAUAAUUGCUACGACUGCACAUCCAGAUUCUUCAUGCAUAAGUGCUUUUCCUACUGGUGUCAGGGUACUAUGGAAUGUCAGACAACCUUGUCAAUCUAUCAUUGAAACUAAAGGCGAUAUCCCAUGGAAAGAAGUUAAUUCAGUGUUAUGGUUUGCUGAUUAUGAGGCUGAGGAUUCAGAAAUCCAAUUCCGUGCAUUGCAGAACUUUUUAGAGCUUCUUGCUGUUCGAAUUUUGGCUGACAGCUUGUCCAGGAUACGGCUAAUCAUCAUAAUGAACAACAUCAGGUUUGCCCAGUGUCAGGUUGAAAGGCUAGCCAGGGAUUGUUUCUUUUUCCUCACCGAGUCGGCUCCAUUUGACGAGGCAACUUUUGGUAGGUUCUCAGAUUCCUGUAUUGCAAGGCCCAUGCAGGCAUGUAGACCAAUCUGUUAUGCUUUUGAAAUGGUUCCUCCUACUGAUAUCCAAUUUGGUGAUUAUGCUGCUGCACUUCACAUUGGUCUAUACAACAAUCAAUGAAGCUGGCAACUUUCAUUUAUUGUGAAGCCAUAUUUUUAUGUUAAUGUAAUUCGACAUGCAUUAGGGAACCGCUUUUGUCUUAAUUUUGUACAGGGAGUCCGCUUCUCUUGUCCGAUUACUGCAUUAGGUUGACUAUCUGCCUCUGGAGUUCAUUAGGUUAUAUAUAUAUACAUUAGUUGUGUUUAAGCUAUUCUUGUAUCGUUUGUUCUGACUUAAAUAGGCACAUGGAUUAAUUUAGUAAAAUAUAAAGCAUGAUGUCUUGAGCUCAGCCUUAAAAA